CAAAUACGUCAACCUUCCUCACUGGCAGCAGCAUUCAGUGCACGGAAAAGCAUCCCGUUAACUUAGCAAUCAAGUCCAGUCUUCUCGCUCAGCUCAGCUAAAGAUGUCGCUCACUCCUUUCUCCGGCAACCGAAGAAGCAGCAUCUUCGAUCCUUUCUCUCUUGACAUUUGGGACCCCUUCAAGGACUUCCCUUUCCCUUCCUUUGCUUCUUCUUCCUCGCUCUUCCCUCGUGAAAAUUCUGCGUUUGUUAGCACCCGCAUCGACUGGAAGGAAACCCCUGAAGCCCAUGUCUUCAAGGCUGAUCUUCCUGGCCUUAGAAAAGAAGAGGUGAAGGUUGAGAUUGAAGAUGAUCGGGUGCUGCAAAUUAGCGGAGAGAGGCAUGUGGAGAAGGAAGACAAGAACGAUACUUGGCAUCGCGUGGAACGCAGCAGCGGGAAGUUUUCCAGGAGUUUUAGGCUGCCGGAGAAUACUAAGAUGGAUCAGAUUAAGGCUUCCAUGGAAAAUGGGGUUCUUACUGUGACUGUGCCAAAGGCGGAGGUCAAGAAACCUGAUGUUAAGGCUAUUGAAAUCUCUGGCUGAAGAUUUCAAGUUAAGUGUCAUCUCUCUCCUGCGACACGUAUUUACGAUAUAUGUGAUGAAUGAUAAGAUGAGGUUUUUGUGGUAUGUGGAAAGUGUUUGAUGAAAUUAAGUUGGCUAAGCUUUUGAAUUAGGAGGUUUAUGUGUUAUGUGGAAAGUGUUCGAUAAAAUUAAGUUGGCUGUAAUGUGGAGUUGUUUAACUUAAUGUUAUAUACUUGGGUCUAUUCUGUAGAUAUCCAAGGAAUCGAAGUAUGUGCUUUUUUGUAAA